GGAGUCAUACCAAGCAUAGCCUGCGUGUCAGUGCAGUCGACUUACAGCUGGCUGUGAGGAGAACUGACGCUACUCCUUUUUCUUUUUGUCACCACGACACCGCUUACCUGACUCCCACAAGUUCUCUCAAGCCAUUAGUACAGCCACGGACAUUAAUUUUCGAUCUCUGGGUGGGUUUUUAAAAGGGGGUUUCUUGAAAACAAAAGUUAGAGGCUGGGCCUUUGGCUUUUUGACCGUCGGUUGAGAGGAGGGGGGAAAAAGCUGGCUUUUUUUCUUUCUUUUUUUUUUUUUUUUUUUGUAAAUCCCGAUAAAUGCUUCUAACGAAAAUGGACCUGUUGAACUACCAGUACCUGGACAAAAUGAACAACAACAUCGGCAUUCUCUGCUACGAAGGUGAGGCGGCUUUGAGGGCGGACCCCAGACUCCAGUCCCUGUCCCUGUCCUCCUCUUCCUCCUCCUCGUCCUCCUCCUCCUCAUCGUCAUCCUCCUCUUCUUCCUCCAUCUCCAGCCACAGGACGGGCCCUCCUCCCAUCAGCCCCACCAAGAGGAAGCUGAGUGGGGACCAGGGGGACAGUGACAUGGACGACAAUGAGCAUGUGGCAAAAAUGAGCCGGCUGUUUGCUGCACAGCUGAAACCUAACGGAGAUUAUCGUAGCACUAGCGGCCCUAAGGAGCGCAGCCGGAGCCCCAUUGAGCGCGUGGUGGUGCCCGGUGCCCUCGGUGUCCACAGCAACCCCCUGUACAGCCACGCCCACCACCACCAUCACCACCUGGCCAGCUUAGCCGGCAUGGACCAGCCACUGGCGCUCACCAAAAACAGCAUGGUGGACUCAGCUCGCAGCAGUACAGCAGCUAUGGUCACAGUGCCUCACACUGUCAGCACCGUGGAGCGCCAGCAGAAUCGUCCGUCAGUGAUCACAUGUGCCCCAGCCAACAACAGGAACUGUAACCUGUCUCACUGUCCAGUCUCCCACAACGGCUGCUCAGCUCUCGCCAACAACUACAGGAGAGCCAACACCAACACAGCGUGUGACCCGGUGAUCGAGGAACAUUUCCGCCGCAGCCUGGGAAAGAACUACAAGGAGCCCGAGCCCGUCGCCACCAACUCGGUGUCCAUCACGGGCUCGGUGGAUGACCACUUUGCCAAGGCGCUGGGCGAGACCUGGCUGCAGAUCAAGAACAAGGGGAGCCCUUCGUCAUCUGGCAGCAGCCCAAACUCCUCCCCUAACAGUCACAUGGUCAAUCACAACCACUCCCCCUCUGUUGUCUCCUGAAGGAGGGGGGGCGCUUUAGAGGGAUUAUCCACCCUGCUUCCCCAACCCUCCCCAGUCUUCCCAGCUCCAGCCCCUCCACCCCCAUCUACCCCCCCUAGCCCGCCGUCAGUUUGGUCUUUCACCAGCACCCCAGAGGGAAUGCCUGCCUGCUGGUCUCCCAAACCACAUCCAAAACCCUGAAGCCCACUCUCUCUCUUUCUAUGCACUCUUAGAGCAUCAAUCGAGCAAUAACAACAUGGUUGAUUAUGCGGGACCUUUUUUUUCUUCUAUCUUCCCGCGUCUAACAGAAAUGCUGGACAAGAUUCAGCACUGAGCAGUAAGGGUUCAGGUGUUAAACGUUGGACUUCGGGACUGACUUCAAUUCGCUCCUUGCCCUUCAAAAACGUUCAACCCCCCUCCCAAUUUGCAUGCCAAGCUUGGAGCUGAGCAAGUGUCUAUAGAUAUGUACAUAGAGAGAGGAAAGGAGGCGUUUUUUCAUUUUCUUUUGUUUGUUUAACUGUAGUUUUGUGUACCGCUUUUCGCAUUAUGAGACGCCCAGCCUUUGCAAGGGAAGACAAGUGAGAAACACAUGAUUAAUUUAGAGAUGGAGAAAAUCAUCACAAGCCACCCUGCUGUGCUACCAAAGAAACCUCAGAUGCAGAUAUUAUCUAUGCCCCUAUUGGACAGGAAAAAAAAAAAGAAAAGAAGAAGAAAAGCCAUCUUGUAAUCUCUUCCCUCUGUUUGAUCUUCUCUCACCCUCCCUCCUGCUUUCUCCUUCUCUCUCUCCUGUGUGUGUCUUGGUGGAUUUGUUACUGUAUGUGUAUACUUAAGUGAUUGACCUGGUCUGAUUUGCACUACUGUCGUAGAGGGUAAAGGGUGGCAUGUCAACAGUGUAAUCUGGCAUUGCACACACUGGGACUGAUACAGCUGAUUUUGACGCAAACUGACAGUCUCAAUAAGGAAUGGACCUUCACCUUUUUUUUUUUUUUUUUUUUUUGCAACCUCCCAUUAGCUCCCAUUUAAAUUCCAGCUAGUGAGCAUCAUUUCAGAAAAGUACUAGCUACGACGGCUAGCAGAACCCCCGUUAUUUAUUGACUGCAUUUGCAGAAAAAGAGAAAAUACCUGUUUUUUUUUUUUGUAUUGUUUUUUUUAACCAGCACACCCAGUUUGUAAAAUAAGCAGUGUUGAUUAGUUUCAGCACAGAUAAACAUAUUUCUUUCCCCAUCCUGAACCUCAAGGCCUUCAGGAGGACAAAUAACACACUUGGCUGAAGUAGCGCCAGAAGGUUGCACGGCAUUUUACAAGCACAGUCAGGUUAUUAAAUCGGCUAAUUACGGUGUUGACUGACAUCACAGUCAUUAUGGGGGGAAAAAUACACAGUUGUACAACCUCCAGUGUGUUGAAGGGCUUUGCUGAAAUAAUGUGCUUUGAUGUGUUUCAUGGGCUUAACUGCUGACAGUGAUGAUGGGAUAGGUGACGCUGCAUGUCACUCUGUGGUUGAAAAAGAAGUCUGGUUUCUCGACUGGGGGAGAGAAGAUUAUUUCGAUCUCUUUCUUCAAACACGCCUUUGUAUGUGUAACUCUUUGAACACGGGUGUUGUAAUUACAUUUGGCUACACCCCGCUACCCCUCCUGCCCCCCCUCCCCCUCCUUCUCCUACACACUGUGGUUUGGUAGAUAGAUUUCUACAAGGUUUGAAGGGUAAAGUAAUGCUUCUACAGAUGCAUGUUUUGUUUUUCUUUUUUCUUUUUUUUUUUGUUUUUAAUAGCUGGUAUCUAUUUGUGUGUUUAGGCAUUUCAAUCUUACUACUACUAGCCUUUUCAUUCAGACGUUAGUUGUUACUUCUUUUGUUGUCAGUAACAGUCGUAGACACUAUACACUCACUGCUGGGUCAGUUGUACUCCAUAUUAUUGUUAUUAUUAUUAUUGUUAUUAUUAUUAUUAUUUUGUAUUUUUGUUUUCCAAUAAUAUCAGUAUGGUAACAAACAGCUAUAGCGGGACAGCCUCCGGACAGGCUCUGUUAAAACGAUGAGAGCUGUUUCCCAGAACCACCUUGGCAUGGUGAUUGGUUAGUCGGUUGUCAUUGGAGCGCUGACCAAUAAGGUGUUAAGAUGAGUUUGGGAAGUGCAGCCCAUUUAGGUUUCUAAAGAUGUUGAUCCAUCGGUGGUACAGGAUGCUAUAACCUUUCAGCGUGACUGAGCUGAGACACCAAAUUGGCACAAACUAGUCAGCAGGGCCAUGUUUUCCAGAAAAAAAAAAAAACAAAAAAAAAACAUCUUCGCCAGAAAUGACAGUAAAGAAUUGUGGGAUUUUCAUUUGACUGCCAUCUCAGUACGACCCUCAUCACUCAAACUGUGGACGGUGUGUUCAAUUUUGCCGUACACUUGCUCAGUCUAAGAAGCACUUGGUAUCAUACAGGCAAACAGGAUUUAAGCUUAGAUGCUUUUGGGAAACGGUAUUUUGCUUUUAACGUAAGAACCAGUAUAUGAUUCAUGUUUUCAAGCACCAGGGCGAUAGUAUUGGAAAACAUGGCACAGAGAUGGUUAAAAAAUAACAGAAAAGCAUUAACACCUUACACAGCUUAUAUUUUGGGCUUAGAUCUCUGUGAACAGGUGAACUGACUUGUGUCUUGACUUGGUGUCCAGACCUAUUUUGUAUUUCAGUGUUUUGUUUUUGUUUUUGUUUUUUUCUCUGAACAAUAUUGUAUUGUUGCUGCAGUUAAGCUAGACUGCUGCAGUUUGAGAAACUGAAUUUUAAUGAUACUCUCUGUAAAAGAGCCUGCAUCAAGGUGGCAUACAUUCCUCCUGUAGGGAACUUUGUACAGGCCUCAACACACUCUAUAUAUCUUCAUAUCACCACACAGAGCUAGUAGCUAGCCAGGGGCAAGCGUCCCACAGUUCCCUGCCGACAGCCUUCUUCACACCAACUAGACUGGUCAUUGAGCAGUGAGUUUCUAAAAUGACAACAUGAACAAACAAGCAUACAUUGAGGAAAUGCAGAACAUAGGACUUUGAGAACUCGGGUAGUCACAGUGGACGAUGCUGGGGCCUUGAGGAAGUUCUGUUGAGGAGUAUCUGAACGUUGGCCACAGCAAAUGACAGCUGUCUUUCACCCUGAUUGGCUCCAUAUUUCUCAUUUCACCGGCCCCGCUGUUGUCAUUUUUAUCCAGUAUCAUGCAAUAUCGAUAAAGCCAAUCCUCUGAAAUGAAAGACGUUGUCAGGGACUCCACUUGUUCCACCAGCUGUUCUGUCAAGUGAAAGUCCGCACAUUCCAUCGUCCCUCAGUGGGUUGGCAGAGCCAGAAUCACAGAAAAAGUUCUAAAAAUUCAAAGUCAGAGCCCAGCUGCCAGAAAACUGAUGUAUUAUUAACAAAUACUGAAAAUUAGCAAACACAUAGAUUAAAUGAUCAACUAUGUCAUUGGCGAAUACAUCCCCUAUUUUCCUUGUGGAAGAUUUGCAUUGUACCGUAACAAAUAACUACUCUACAGUCUAAAUAUUUUCUUCUGUGCUUUUCUGUAACUUCUUUGGGUUAGGAGAGGUGUUUGGAAUAUGAUCAGGGGUCUGAUUGGUGGGGUUGAGCCUUCAGGAGCCGAGCUCCUGUGAGCCAGGGAACUUCAGUGACCACUGAAAAGUCUCUCCAAGAAAUCACAAGUACGGCUCCUCCGCCUCUCAGAUUCAGCCGACCCUGACGAAGAUGUGAUGUAAUUAGCAACAUGCUUGAAAACACGAGGGAAAGGGCUCAGUGUCCAGAGUGUUCUCUUUUUUUGUCUCUCAUUAUCAUUUCACUACCACCCUGUAGGUAGGAGGCUCUCUUUCUGCUUCGGCACACACUCCCUACACACUGCAGGAAAAUCACUUAAUAAAAUACUUUUUUAUAAUAGGUAACUAUAAGACCAUCAUUACGCUGUGCGUAACGAAUGUACAGAGAAAAAAAUCGUAGGUAUUUUUUGAGGAACAAUUAAUUUGUUAAUGAUAUGUAGCUAUUUAAUUGUUUUUUCCCUGUCCUUAUAUUGUAAUCAUGUAUUUUCUUUUUUUUGUGAAAAAAGUUGAUCUUUUUUGUUUAUAGAGUUUGUCUUGUUAGAAAAAGGUUAAAGUGCAGGAACACAGUAAAUGUAUGAAACUGCGUUAAGCCACUGGUGUGUCGGUGACAAUCGCUACUUCCAUUGUCCCCAUCGUUCUGUUCUGACAUCAACAAUCACAAAACUGUGUUCAACCAUGUAACUGCUGAGUCAUGUGAACAAAACCAGUUCAUCCUCCCGGGGGCUUGGUCAGUGAUCUGCAGCUAAGCAGUGAAGGAAUGUAAGGAUUUUGGCCCAGCUCAGUUUGCCUGCCAUUCCCUUUAGCUUUUAAAGAAUUGGCCAUAGGCUAGCAGGCAGGUAGAACUCCUCCACUGCAUGUAAGCAGUGCUGAUCCUUACAUGAUCAUAGGUCUGAUGCUAGUUAAUCAUCAAAAUUGUGUUUUUGGUCUGCAGAUGAAAACUAAUCAUGGUGCCACCAAGACCUGGGUAAAAAGACGUUUUCCAGACAGUUUAAAUCCGUUUGUCUGUGACUGAUUGAACUCAAACUUUAAACCCCACCAGUUAGUCCCCUAAAUUUCUAAUUGAUAUAAGGCAAUCCCAAUCGAGUCUUGGUGCUUUCAGGGACAGAUUUUAGAACAUCAUAAUCAAAUCUGUUGCUUUAAGCUGAUGUCCCAGUUCCCAUCUAUGGGGGGCAUUUCUCCUAGCAAUUCAGUUAGAAGCCUAAAACUGUAGUUGGCCCUUACACUGACUAGUAGAGGAUGAAUGUACCCCAUUUUUUUCCAGUUUGUCUUGUUGUUGUUGUUGUUGUUUUUUUUAAUGGAAGUAGCAUGGAUUUGGUGGUAUUAGUGCUCCGAACUGUAAAAAUUUGUAUCAAGAAACAACAGUCAAUUUGUGGCUCUGUGUCUCCUCCUACUAAAAAGGUUUUGGCAGGCCACCUUUUUUGUACGUAAAGUAGCCUUGAUGAACAAUAAAGUGCUCUUAAACCAC